AUGAACUUCAUACGGCAUCUUAGUGAUGUCUCCAAGAUUUCCAAUCAAGCCGUUGGUCAAAAAGUCAAGAAAAAGGUGAUUGAAUUUACUACGAUACCAUCAAUUAUCCCUGUCACAGCAAAAUUUAUUGAUAAGCUGGACUUCAGUAAUUACAGCUCGAACAUACCAGAUCACAGUGUGAAGCAAUCCAUAUCUUCUUAUUCUGAUAGUCGAAGGCUACCCCAAGUGCCAACUGAUAUUAAAGGAGUAGAUCCAGAAGCUUAUUUUGGUCUCACCUUUUUCAAAGGUAUGAAUCAGAUCCCACUAUUAAUCGAUAAUGAUUUUUUCAAUUUGAAAUUCAUACCCAAACAACAUUUUAUUGCACAGUAUAGAAAGUCUAAUAUUGCAUAUACAUUCCAAAACCAUGGUGGAUACAAGUUAAAUGAUCCAGAACUUGAGAAAAGUGUGAAUCUGUAUAAGGGGCGUUAUAAAGCUAAUACAUUCUUUAUGGAGAAACUUACACCAUUUUCAACAGCUUUUGGGAGAAUACGUUAUAGAAAGUUAUUGAAACGAUUAUUGUUCAAUGCUGUCAAAGAAGUUGAAGAUAAAAAUGAUCCAAAAGCUCUUGAUCUAGCUGGUAUAUACAAGUUUUCAUUUAAGAGAGUUCCAAAUACAUCUGAAGAAAUAGAUCGAUGCCAAGGGGAUUUAUUAUCUAGCGUGGAUAAAAUCUUACAUCAUAAGCAAUUACAAACUAAACUAAUUGAAAGUUACAGAGAUGCUAAGUUUAAAAAUGGUGAUCUAAAUAACUUAAGAUCAAAAGCUACCCUAUAUAAUACAGUUAGACCACAAAGAGUCCCUGGAUUUUUACCAAAGUAUCCGUUCCUAAACCCCAAACCUGUUAGAAGACGUUAA